ACUAGAGAAGAGGACAGGAACCAGGAUGGGAAAAUGGACAUGUUACAUUUUAAACUGGAGCUUCCCCUGCAGUCCACGGAGCAUGUUCUUGGUGUGCAGCUCAUCUUGACUUUCUCCUACCAAUUGCACAGAAUGUCAACAUUCAUGAUGCAGAGUAUGGCGUUCCUCCAGUCCUCCUUUGCUGUUCCUGGGUCCCAGUUAUAUGUGAAUGGAGACCUGAGGCUGCAGCAGAAGCAGCCGCUCAGCUGUGGUGGCCUAGAUGUCCGAUACAACAGGGAGAAAUCAAAGUUGGAAGUAGCAUUUCUGUGGGUGGCACACACGAGAACUUCUGAAGAAUUCUUGCUAUGGAUUCUUUCAAAAUAUGGGGAAGGAUUCUGGGAGAUGAUAAAGUUUGCCUGGGUCCAGUAUGUCAGUAUCCUGCUUAUCUUCCUCUGGGUGUUUGAAAGAAUCAAAAUAUUCGUGUUUCAGAAUCAAGUGGUGACCACAAUCCCUGUAACAGGGAUGCCCCAGCAAGAUGUGUAUAAGGAGCACUUAUCAUGAGAAAUCUGAAGACUCAGCAGCACCACGGCUACCUCACUGUUGUCUUCUGAGAACUGCCAUCUUAUGACAUUUCUGAAAAGAGCCCAGUGGGCACAUGCAGACUUAUGUGUUUUUCUCCUCAGAGACAAAGAGCAGUUAUUUCCAAUUUUGCUGUAUACAA